AUGUUCUACAUCAUCCUUAUCCCUCUUUUAGUCAUUCUUUUAACUUACCUAUUCCUAAACUCCAAAAAGCACCGUUUCAACCUUCCUCCGGGACCACCGUCACGUCCCAUCGUCGGCCAUCUCCACCUCAUGAAACCACCGAUCCACCGCCUCCUCCAAAGCUACUCCGACAAAUACGGCCCAAUCUUCUCCCUCCGUUUCGGCUCCCGCCGCGUCGUGGUGAUAACAUCCUCUUCACUCGUGCAAGAAUCAUUCACCGGCCAAAACGACAUCGUUCUCUCUAGCCGGCCGCUCCAGCUCACCGCCAAAUACGUCGCCUACAACCACACCACCAUGGGAACCGCUCCUUACGGCGACCACUGGCGCAACCUCCGCCGCAUUUGCUCCAACGAAAUCCUCUCCUCCAACCGUCUCACCAACUUCCUCCACAUCCGCAAAGACGAGAUCUUGCGUAUGCUCACAAGACUCUCGCGCGAAACCCACUCCGACGACGGAGACCGAUUCACUCACGUCGAGCUGGAGCCACUUCUCUCCGACCUUACCUUCAACAACAUAGUAAGAAUGGUCACGGGGAAGAGAUACUACGGAGACGAUGUCAACAACAAGGAAGAAGCAGAGCUUUUCAAGAAGCUCGUUUACGACAUCGCCACCAACAGCGGCGCGAAUCAUUCCGGAGAUUACUUGCCGGUGCUGAAACUGUUCGGAAACAGGUACGAGAAGCGUGUCAAAGCUAUCGGCAAAUCCGUCGACGAUAUUUUGCAGCGUCUCCUCGAUGAGUGUAGGAGAGAUAAAGAAGGUAACACAAUGGUCAAUCACUUGCUCUCUCUUCAACAACAAGAGCCUGAGUAUUACACUGACAUUAUCAUCAAAGGCCUAAUGAUGGCGAUGAUGCUCGCCGGGACGGAGACCUCCGCCGUGACACUAGAAUGGGCGAUGACGAAUUUGUUGAAGUAUCCAGAAGUGUUGGAGAAGGCGAGAUCGGAGAUCGACGAGAAGAUCGGGAAGGAUCGUCUGAUCGACGAGCCGGACAUUGUCGACCUUCCUUACCUCCAGAGCGUCGUCAACGAGACAUUCCGGCUGUUUCCGGUAGCGCCGCUACUAAUCCCUCGCACGCCGACGGAGGACAUGAAGAUCGGCGGCUACGACGUGCCGCGCGACACGAUAGUGCUGGUUAACGCUUGGGCUAUACAGAGAGACCCAAAGCUCUGGGAGGAUCCAGAGAGGUUUAAUCCGGAUCGGUUUAGUAACGGAUACGGUAGUGAGCAUUACCUUCACAAGCUUAUCCCGUUCGGAAACGGCCGGAGAAUUUGUCCCGGCGCCGGAUUGGGGAGGAGGAUUGUGACAUUGGCGCUGGGAUCGUUGAUUCAAUGCUUCGAUUGGGAGAAUGUGAAAGGGGAAGAGAUUGAUAUGGCGGAGAGUGCUGGGUUGGGUAUGCGUAAGACGGACCCUUUACGGGCCAUGUGCAGGCCCAGGCCCAUUAUGGCUAAGCUUCUCAUUUAG